GCCUCUGAGCAGCAGCAGCCGCAGCCCUGUGAGCUUCGCUUCGUCCUCACGGUGUGCCGCUUCUUAUCUUAAAAUUCUAACUGGUCUGUCCAUGUAAAAAAAUAAAAAUACUGUAGCCAAGCUUACAUUUUACUGCAAAAAUACUUGGAAAUAAUCCCGACAUUUGCAAGCGCGUGUUUCUCUUUUGCUCGGACGGAAUAAAGUGUCGACCAUCGCUGACAUUCGAACUAGAGAAAGUGUUCGUUGUGUGGCUAAAACAACUCCGAGACAGCGUUUAACUAGCCCUAUGAGAAUGGACUCACAGUGAAGUCAUUCCACCUUGACUACAUCAUCUUCAAAUCACACCAACACUCAGCCCCUCCCCCUGACCAGUCCCUCCCUCUAUAGGACUAAGGGAGGCGUGGAUUGGAUGGACCUCCACCGGCCCUCCUUUAAGAUGGACAGCUCCUCCUACCUGCCCAGUCCCCUGGCCUCCCCAGCCCUAAUGGUGCUGGCCUCCACAGCCGAGGCUGGCCACGAUUCCUCUAUCCCUUGCCAGGCCCCACGGCCUUUCGGGGUCCCCAUCUCCGAGAAGGACCUCCACCUCCCCUUCCCCUCUGGCUCCUACACAUUUGCCUCCAUGUACCACCGCCAGGGGCCCGUCUCCAGCCAUGGCACCUUCCCCGCCAGAGACUUCCCUGCUUCCCUGCUCCACCUCCACCCCCAGUUCCACCCCCCCAACCUGGACUGCUCAUCUCUAGGGAUGCUCAACCACAGCGGGGUAGGGGCCUUCAGACCCUUCUCCUCCCCGCCUGAGGAGAGGGAGGUCAGGGGUUAUCAGUCAGCCUUCACCCCUGCUAAGAGGCUCAAGGGCUGCUAUACCGACUCGGAAAGGAAGCAGUAUGAGUUUGGAGGGGGGCGUAUUCUCUCUGGUUCGCCGUGGUCGCUCAAAGCCGCUGAGGAUUCUGGGAGGAAGUUGUUUGCUGUGUCUGGCCUGCUGUCAGACAGUGAGGCCUUGUCUAGUCCUGAGGACCGUAAGGAAGGCUGUCUAAAAAGGGGCCCAGUUACAAUGUGUCAGUCAGCCCAGCGCCCCCACAGCUCCAUGGCACGGGGCAAGACUGGAGUUAUAGGUCCCGUGUGGCUCAGUUGUAUUAAUUCAGUGCAGAGGGACAAUCCAUUAGGGCCUUCAAAGUCCCUCUCACUAUCUCUGCACAUUAAACGUGAGGGGGGAUCCCCCACCUCUCCCCCCUGCCCACCUGAAGACCCCCACUCAGACAGAUACCAGACGUUUCUUCGUGUGAGGACCAACAGACAUACAAGACUGAAUGUCAGGAUCGGCAAGCUGAAGAGGAGGAAAGCUGACGAAGUUCAGGACAUUUUGGUGGACCUGGGAGGAGAGGGGGUGCAGUGGAGGGAGCGGAGGAGGUUACAGAUGACAUCCAUGCUGGGGGGGUUUAAAGGGUCGGUAUUUGUGAGCAGCAGCACAUCUAAUGAGGGCCGCGGUGACAGUGAUGCUGACCUGGACGUUGAUGGAGACGACACCGCGGACUACGGAAGAGCACAAUAUACAGAGGCAGACAUCAUCCCCUGUUCACAGCGGGAGCCUGGGGAGGUGGAGGAGAGGAAAGCACUGAGGGGGGCUGUUUUAAAUGUUGGAACUCUGUCCAACAGAGUAACUCUGGAACAUUCGAAAUGGACAAAUGAGGGAUGUCCAUCCACCAGCAACGGAGAACGCAACAAACUGGACAACAGCAUAAUCUCCCUACACAGGAGCUGUAAAAACAGUGACAUAGAGACGGUCUCUGAGGAUUCGGCACUCACGACGCUCGAUGCACUAAAAACUCGGAUACGAGACCUAGAGAAGCAGAUGUCCAGAGGAGACAGAUACAAAUGUCUCAUCUGUAUGGACACAUACACUACACCCCUCACCUCCAUCCAGUGCUGGCACGUCCACUGUGAGGAGUGCUGGCUCCGCACACUGGGGGCUAAGAAGCUUUGUCCACAGUGUAACACCAUAACUUCACCUGGGGACCUGAGACGGGUGUAUCUGUAACCCGGCGGGGCCAGUGAAGCACAGACCUUUGAGGGGGACAUAAGGGCAGCUGGCCUGUCAGAGAUCACCCUUGUCUUUGCACCUUAACCUAUCCCCCAGACCCACCUUCCGAACUGAGUAGGGGCGCACCUCAUGAAUAGAUGGUACCCAUGAUUGGGUAUUGCACAACGAUCAGUCCUCAUGUCCUUUGACGUUUUAGGUUUGACAUUUCACCUUUGGUUUGCCCAGCUGGAUGGUGUUGGUUUGUACCGAGCUCACCUCCACCUUUAGUGAGCCAGGACAGUUCUAAGAGGAGGACUCUGUGCUCAAUCCAUUAAUCACCAUAAGGUAUAUACGUAAAUGAAAUAAAUGACAAGAACUGAAGUAUUCUCAGCGCUCAGGCACUGAAAGAAAGCUUUCAGAUGAAUUUCGAUCACUCUGGACUAUUAUAAUAUUCUGUAUACUCUUUUUAGAAAUAAUAGUUGUCUGUUUUUAUCAAGAUAAAGCACAUGUAAAUAGUUUUGUGUAUGUUUUCAAUUGUGUAUGUGAAAAAGAUUAACACUCCCGUUGUGUUUACGGUCAUGUUCUUAUAAAGUCAUGCUUUUUUGGUUAGUUAGGGUGGGAGGAAAGUGCGAACAUAGCAAUUGUCAUAUUUUGAGAUUUAAUUAUUUUGUGUUUGUCGUUUAGGUUGUGUUUCUUUGUACAGGAGUACAAAGUGUAAUUAAUCAAUGUUACAAAAAAACAAUGUGUCUUUAAAAAAGAUGGUUAUUGCAUAAAUAUAUAUCCCAAAAAAUA